AUGGACGGAAGCAACCCUUUUUACCAAGGCCCUGAGGUCAGUGAAGACGUCUCGCUCACGGAAGAAGACUGGGCCCAUAUCCCGGAAGGAGUCAUAAGAAGACUAUUUCUCCUAGCCACCUCGCAAAUGUUUUCGACUCACGGCCCCGGUAUACGGUCCGGCCCUCCAAUAGGUUCACGGCCUUUCCCAGACACCGUACAGGCUGUCAUUUCAGACCACCCCGUCGUCGAGGACGUGUCAGAUGAAGAGCCUUUCUGCAACGAUGCUUCAUGUCCUUGCAACUCCAUUGACCACUCCCCUGACCUACAGGAAGCAGGUCGUGCGCCCAUCUUUGAAGAUAGUCUAAUGUCCGAGAUCGAUGACGAGCUUUGCGCGGACCAUGCUUGCAUGUUUGAAGGCGAGUCCGAGUCGUCCGGGGACAUCGAGAUGGCUGAAGACUCAUGCGACUUUUUCGUAGACGAUGACAUUUACAUUGACACAGAUGGAACAGAGGUGGGUAUAGACCAGCCUGGGCUGUCAGAUUUGACCUACGACUUUGAAAAUAUGGUCUGUUCGGACGAGUAA